AAAAAGUCUUCAAUGUAACACCUUUCUGCAGACUCAGAUUCUUUCCUGCAGCUCGGUUACGAAAUGGGAAUUUCUGAAAAGGAAGUCUGUCCUUUGAGUUGUUUUUGCCAUUACUCUUUUUUUCUGCUCCCAACUGAAAAACUGCAGAGAAGAAAAUGAGCUGGCUGCUGUCAGAAAUGCAGCGCAGAAACUGAAAGGAAGCACACAGCUUUGACAGCACAGCUACAUAAGUCUGAGAAAAAAUAUUCCACAAUGGAGAUCAGCCAUUCUUUUAUUGUUAUCUUUUUAUUUGCUCAGAAGAUCCCAGCUUUAGAGGCACAGUCAGUUUGCACCUACGAUCCCUCCGUUAGACAUUGUUCUUGUUUGCCUCUUAACUUCAACAACAUCCUGUCUAUCAUUUCAUGUAUUUCGGCUUCCAGCUUUGAAUUCAUUGGAGGAAACUAUGUGAAUGCAGAAUAUUUUAACACCUUCAACGUUGAACUGCUGCAGGCUCAGAAUGAGGUUCAAAGUCAGUUAACCAAGAUCAGCUUUGUAAACCUUGUUUUGUCUGAGGAUUUUUUAUUUGACUUUAUAAAAUGGUUGCAGAAGAUUCCAGUCACUUUGCUUUCAUUUGAAAACACAACUUUUGUUGGACAAUAUAACCGGACACCAGAAAAGCAACAGCCUCAUAUAUCGUCUCUGCAAUUCAUCAACGUGUCUUCACAUCCAUUAAUACAGACAGAUACUGUGUUCUAUGGUCUUGGAAACUGGAUGUCUACACUGGGAAAAUUAACAGUGUCCAAGUCCAACUUGAAAGCUUUUCCAUGUAAUAUCAGUUUGAAUUUUGAGUUCAUGUCAGAUCUAGACCUAUCGGAAAAUCUUAUUCAAGAGGAAGGUCUCUCUUCUUCUUUUUGUAGUGGUGCAUUUCCCAUUCUCAAGAUAUUAAAGCUUCAACAUAAUAAUUUAGCUAAUUUUGGAUCUGUGUGCCAAACACUAAGGAAGUACAACCUAUUGGCGCACUUAGACCUAAGUCAGAACAAUUUCUCAAGCAUGUCCAAUUUUAUUUGUGAUUGGCAGCCUUCAUUAAUUCGCUUAAAUUUGUCUUAUACUGGCCUGAAGCAUGUGGAUAUUGGUUUGCCUAAAAACUGUGAAGUUCUUGAUUUAAGCCACAACAAAAUUGAAAUGCUAAAUAUCUCACUGACAAGGCUGAGGGAGCUUUAUCUGUCCUACAAUGCAUUUACAACUAUUUCUCCCAUGGGUAAUCUCCCUUUUCUUCAGGUCCUAGCUGUUGAUGGGAAUCUUAUUGAAACCAUAAACAGAGGGCAGCUGCAACACUUUGAACAUCUAAGAAGUUUUAAAGGAGACAAUAAUCCAUAUACCUGUUCAUGUUCUUUUGUGACUGAAAUGAGAGAAAUUGCAGAAACUGAUUGGAUAGUGCAAAAGUGGCCCGAAGGAUACAUAUGUAAUUCCCCCUCUUCAAUUAAGGAUAUGUUGGUCGAUGAUGUCAAUCGAUCAUUCUUUGAGUGUCAUACGCAUCUCUUAAUAGUUUUGAUAUGCAUCAUAGUAUUAUUGUUAAGUAUAGCUAUAAUAAUUUGCUUUGUUAAGAUUCAUCGGAGUAACAAAACAAGAUCUUCACGGACAGAUAGCAGAAUUUCGAACAGUGUGCAGUUCUAAUAAGAAUGAUUCUUCUUUGAAUCUGCUGGAUUAGCCAACGGGUGCUUUCAGAGGACAUUGUUUUAAAAAAAACUGUCAGGCUGAUUUCAUUGGUGACCCAAAAUUUAAAAAAUAAAUAUUACAGCUUAUCAGUUUUUAUGCAAGGUGGCUGCAUUCAUUUUCUGCAGAUCCUGCAAAUAACCCACAUGCAGUCCCUGGUUGGCUAUGCUCACUUUUUCAUUCUGUGGAAGCAGCCAGUGCCGGAUUUAUAAGUGGGCAAAAGGGGAAAUUACCCCAGGCCUUUAUAAAAAAUGUAAUGAUUAUAAAAUUUGUUUUAUUAUUAAAAAGGUAACAAGGUGUGUGUAGGUGUCAGGAUAUGGAAUAGUUAAACCUGAUUUUAGAGGCAAAUACAUGGAUGAGGGCUUCUGGCAGAUGUUUCACAUUUCAACUUCUCAUAUUAUUUUACUAUUCGAGAUGUUUAUUUUUACAUGUGUUGCAGAAUUGAUUGCCUUGUUUACAAGAGACAAGUGGGUGUGACAAGAGCUGGGGUGGCCUGUCCAUUAGGGGCGCCGACCCCCCAUUCUCUCUUCCUCCUAUAUGUAGUGGAUAUAUUCAUGCAUAACAUGAUUCUAAUUACCGCCCCCGCUGCCACCCCCUAUUCAUGUGUCCUGCCCCUUUCGGGUCACCAGGCAUAUGAAUUAGAGCUUUGCUUCUGGAGCUCACCCAAGUGUUUCGCAACAGCGAAUGAAAGUUCGCUGUUGCAACACUGAUCCUCCUCUCCGUCAAAUGGGAAGCAGUUAUGAAACCUGUUUCCCGAUUGGCCAAAACGUCAUUCUAUUGGACGCCUAGUGCCGGGAGGAGGAGAGAGGAGACACAGUGGAAGCUGCUCCAGGAGAGGACACCAGAGCAGCUUUCCCCGAGCUCCCACUGCCCACAUCCAAGGUAAGGACAGCAGGUGGUGGUGGGGGGGGGCUGUGUUAGUGCUGCGGGGGGUUAAUGCCAUGGGGGGGUUAGUGCCAUCAGCCACCACUGGAUGAGAGGAAAGUUUGAAAUGUGCUAGGCAACAUCCCCGACAAUAAGUUAGUGAAGUUAAUGAAGUAUUCAUUUAUUGCAGUGAGAAUCACGGGAGAGAAGCUCAAUCCCCCGCUUGACCCUGAUUGGGACAAUGGGCAAAUCUGAAACUCCCUGGGGUAGAUUCAGGUACAGCUGCGCGCUCCUUACGGAGGCGCAGUGUACCCUUUUUACCCUGCGCCUACGCAAA